CCAUGAACAGUAACAAUAACAACAGCAGUAAGAGGAGUCUUUAAUGUUGGGAUCAGAUGAGUACAAGGUAGCACUACAGGUGAUCAGACUGUCAGCAUUACUGUCAGACACAUACAGAACCUGCUGGAGCACAGAGAGGAGGCUGAUGGGGAAACCAGAGUUUUAUAAAGCGAGUGCUCCACGUUCUGGAUGUUGUCCUCAGGAAUGAUGCUGAACCUGCCUGGCUGUGUGUUCUGGGGGAUUCUCCUACUGCUCCACACAGCAGACUGCGGAAGGUUUGAUAUUAUUGUGCCACGUAAUCAAAUUCUUGCUGAAGUUGGUGAAACAAUCAUUCUGCCAUGUUACAUCAAGUCCCGGAUCAGUGCUGAGAACAUGAUAGUAGAGUGGGUCAGACAAGGCCGUUUCGUCCAUCGUUACAGAGAAGGCAGAGAUGACAAUGAGAAUCAGGAUCCAUCCUUCAGGACGAGAACAGCUCUGUUUAUAGAGGAACUGAAGACAGGCAUUGUGUCCUUGAAGCUGCUCCGGGUUAAAGGCACUGAUGAAGGAAGUUACAAUUGUUCUGUUAUGUCACCAACCAUGAAUUGGCAGGAUGAUUCGAACAUCAAAGUCGAUGUUAAAGCUGUAGGAUCUCAUCCACUGGUCUCCAUUGAGGGACACAGAGGGACAGGGAUGGGUCUGGUGUGUGAGACACAAGGCUGGUACCCUGAACCACAGAUGGAGUGGCUGAACAGUAAAGGAGUCCCACUCUCUGCUGAUCCUCCAGAGACGACCACAGACUCUGUGGGUCGCUACACACUCAUACUGAGGGUCAUUGUUCAAAAGACAGAUAGAAACCGCUUUAACUGUAGAGUGCAACAGAAAUACAUGGAGAUAGAUGGGACGGCAUGGAUUUAUGUUCCUGAUGCACUGUUUUAUCAAGAUCACACAUGGAAGUGGGUCUUGGCUGUGGUGUUCGGUGUCUCUACCUUAGCAUUAGCUGUGGUCAUCUGUUUCCUGGUGAAAAGAAAUAGACAUCAAACAUCAAUCAUUCAUGAGAAGGAUAAAAUCAUUAAGAAAAAUGAAAACCUUUCAAGACAGCUGGAUCUGGUAAACACAAAGGGGUACCAAGAUUAUGAAGUCGUCAGACGUCAUGCAGUGGAAGUGACUCUAGACCCUGAAACUGCACAUCCCAGACUCAUCCUGUCUGCUGAUGGGAAACAAGUGAGAUAUGGAGUUGAACAACAGAAUCUUCCUAAGACCCUAAAGAGGUAUGACAGAUGUCCUGAUGUCCUUGGAAGACAGGGCUUCUCCUCAGGGAAGUUCUACUAUGAGGUGCAGGUCAAUAACAAGACUGAGUGGCAUUUAGGAGUAGCUAAAGAGACCUGCCAGAGGGUUGGGGAAGUUUUUCUGAGAUCGGAUAAAGGAUACUGGACUAUUAGACGGAGGAAAGGUAAAUACCAGGCUACGACUGACAUCCUUUUCCACCUCCACCUGAGCCAGGAGCCCCAGAAGGUGGGGGUGUUUGUGGACUAUGAGGAGUGCACGGUGUCCUUCUACAAUGUGGAGGCCAAGUGUCAUAUCUACUCUUUCACUGGCUGUUGCUUCCAAGAGAAACUUCAUCCAUUCUUCAGCCCGGGUUUUCCAGAUGACUCUGGUGAGAACUCCGAUCCUCUGAUUAUCUGUCCUGUAGACGAUGUUAAAACUGAAUCCCCUCACCUGUCUGAAUCUCAUACAGAUUUAUCUGAUUCAGCUCACCGGUCUGAAUCUCAAGCAGAUUUAUCUGAUUCAGCUCACAUGUCUGAAUCUCAAGCAGUUGAAUCUGAUUCAGCUCACCUGUCUGAAUCUCAAGCAGUUGAAUCUAAUUCAGCUCACCUGUCUGAAUCUCAAACAAAUGAAUCUCAUUCAGGUCAGCAGUCAUUACUGAAUCAAGGUCACCAAUCUGAAUCCAGUGAGGAAAUAAACGAGUCAGUGCGUUUACUGGAGCAGUCGGCUUCUUAUAAAGUGUGAUGUGUGUUAGAGCUUGUUAGCAGGUCAGUGUGUUAGAGCUUGUUAGCAGGUCAGUGUGUUAGAGCUUGUUAGCAGGACAGUGUGUUAGUAAAUACAUGAAUGUAAAGACCACGUUCCCUCCUCCUGGGUCUCUACUCUAUCCUGUCCAAACCAUCCUCAUGUUUUAUAUACAUGGUUUCAUUUAUGGAGGAUGAAUGUUACAUUUCUGUUGAUAAAUGUAUAGUGUUUGUAUUUUCACUUUAUUCUAUGGUUUAAGAAUAAUUUUCUUACAGCUCCCAUACAGUACUGUAUAGAUCAUGUAUAGUACUGUAUGGAUCAUGAACUGUAUUGUAUGGAUCAUGUACCAUAUAUGUUUUUUUUUUUGGUUUUGGGAAAAAAACGUUUUAAAAGGUUUACUAAAUAUUCAAAACAAAAUAAGGUUCGGGAGAAAAAGUUUGGAAGGUUGAAAAAAUAUUUUCAAAAAAGAAAAAAAAAAAUAUAUAUAAGGUUUGCUUCAAUGUACUUGAUGAGGACUCUACUAUACUCCACUUUACUGUACUCUACUAUAUUUGACUAUACUCUGUACUCUGCCAGGCUUCUUUGUUCCUCCUCGCUCCUCUUAUUUCACUACGUGUGAAAAAAAAGUUUUGAAAGGUUGACUAAAUCAAUUUAAAUAAAAUGUUUACAA